AGUGCUCUGCAGGCAGACAACGACAAGAAGGCGAACAACACGAAAAAAAUCGAGGAACAUGAGUGUGUCCGUUUCUUUCUAUAUCUGAGAAAAAUAUCGAAACUGUGCGAAUCGUUGAUGUUCGAAGAUUAACGUUUAGUUUACCAGUAAAGUGAUAAAUUGAUACCAAAAAGUAGUGGAGUAUUGGUUCGAUAGUAAAAAUGGCAGCCCUACCACGCAGAAUUAUCAAAGAAACGCAACGUUUAAUGCAAGAACCAGUGCCCGGUAUUAGUGCCGUUCCCGACGAUAGUAAUGCUCGUUAUUUCCAUGUUAUUGUGACCGGUCCCGAGGACUCCCCCUUCGAAGGAGGCCUGUUUAAGUUAGAAUUGUUUCUUCCCGAAGACUAUCCAAUGUCAGCCCCCAAAGUGAGGUUUAUCACGAAAAUAUACCACCCGAACAUCGACCGGCUGGGGAGGAUUUGCCUAGAUAUCCUUAAGGACAAGUGGAGCCCAGCACUACAGAUUCGCACCGUUUUGCUUUCAAUUCAAGCUUUGCUAAGUGCUCCUAAUCCCGAUGAUCCCCUAGCCAAUGAUGUAGCCGAAUUAUGGAAAGUGAACGAAUCGGAAGCUAUAAGAAACGCCAAGGAGUGGACCCGCAGAUACGCGAUGGACAAUUAAGUGUGCUCCUCACAGGGCAGAGUAAUAAACAUAAAUUAUUCUACUCGGUUUUUAUAUAUUUCAUUUUUUAAUAUAUUAUGUUCAUUCGAGUUUGGUGAAGUAGAAUAACUAUGUUUUUACUGUCAUUAUUAUAAUAAAACCAUGCAAUGUGAGAAUACAUUUUAGGUUUAUUGUUAAUUUAUGAUUACAUUGUAUAUUAUCUCCUGAAUUCUUUUUUCCGGAUAAAGUUUAUUUAAACUA